GCAGGCACUCCGUGGCCAUGGCCGGGAACAGCCUGGUGCUGCCCAUCGUGCUGUGGGGCCGGCGCGCCCCCACGCACUGCGUCUCCUCCCUGCUGCUCGUGGAUGGCUCCGUCAUCGUCACCGGCUGCCACGACGGGCAGAUCUGCCUCUGGGACCUGGCUCCUGACCUGCAGAUCAAUCCCAGAGCUCUGCUCUUUGGCCACACAGCCUCAGUUACUUGUUUGUCCAAGGCCUCAGCAUCCAGUGAAAAGCAAUAUAUAGUGAGUGCAUCAGAGAGUGGGGAGAUGUGCCUGUGGGACGUGAACGACGGCAGGUGCAUCGAGUUCACCAAGCUGGCCUGCGCUCACACGGGCAUCCAGUUCUAUCAGUUCACAGUCGGCUCGCAGCGGGAAGGGAGGCUCCUGUGCCACGGACAUUAUCCUGAAAUCCUGGUGGUGGAUGCAACCAGCCUGGAAGUUCUUUAUUCCUUGAUAUCCAAGAUUUCUCCUGACUGGAUCAGCUCCAUGACCAUCAUCCGCUCCAACAGGACACAAGAGGACACCGUGGUGGCCGUGUCCGUGACCGGCAUCCUCAAGGUGUGGAUCGUCACCUCGGAGCUCAGUCGGGCACAGGACACCAGCCCGGUGUUCGAGGAGGAAUCCAAACCCAUCUACUGCGAGAACUGCCAGAGCAUUUCCUUCUGCUCCUUCACGCAGCGCUCGCUCCUGGUCGUGUGCUCCAAGUACUGGAGGGUUUUUGAUGCUGGAGAUUAUUCGCUGUUGUGCUCGGUGCCCAGUGAAAAUGGGCAGACCUGGACUGGUGGGGACUUUGUGGCAGCUGAUAAAGUGAUUGUGUGGACAGAGGAUGGACAGAGUUUCAUCUAUAAAUUACCAGCCAGCUGCCUGCCAGCCAGCGAUUCCUUCCGCAGGGAUGUGGGGAAGGCCGUGGAGAGCCCCAUCCCACCUUUGUUGUACAGCGUGUUGGACAGAGCGCAGAAGCAGCUCCUGAUCUGUCCUCCUGUGACUCGCUUCUUCCGUGGCCACACGCAGCUUGAAUCCAGGCUCUUAAUCCAGGGGGAUUCCUCGGGGAGACUCUGCAUCUGGAGCGUGCCCGACACCCCUGAGCAGCAGCAGGAGGGUGCAAAAGGGCUGCUGGCAGCCACCUCGGUGUCCCUGCAGGAAGCGUUUGACCGGCUUUGCCCCCGUCCCGCGGGGAUCAUCGACCAGCUGAGCGCGGUUCCUCACGAGCCCCUGCGCGUCACCGCCAGCGUCUACAUGCCGGCGCACGGGCGGCUGGCGUGCGGCCGCGAGGACGGCAGCAUCGUCAUCGUGCCCGCCACGCAGACCGCCAUCGUGCAGCUGCUGCAGGGGGAGCACACCCUGCGCAGAGGCUGGCCCCCUCACAGGACGCUGCGAGGCCACCGGAACAAGGUCACCUGUUUGCUGUACCCUCACCAGGUGUCCUCCCGCUACGACCAGAGGUUCCUGAUCUCGGGCGGCGUGGAUUUCUCCGUCAUCGUCUGGGAUAUCUUCUCCGGAGAGAUGAAACACAUCUUCUGUGUGCACGGAGGGGAAAUCACCCAGCUGCUGGUCCCACCAGAAAACUGCAGUGCGAGGGUGCAGCACUGCGUGUGCUCGGUGGCCAGCGAUCACUCGGUGGGGCUGCUGAGCCUGAGGGAGAAGAAAUGCAUCAUGCUGGCCUCGCGCCACCUCUUCCCCAUCCAGGUGAUCAAGUGGAGGCCGUCCGACGAUUACCUGGUGGUGGGGUGUUCCGACGGCUCCGUCUACGUCUGGCAGAUGGACACGGGGGCUCUGGAUCGCUGCGUGAUGGGAAUCACAGCCGUGGAGAUCCUGAGCGCCUGUGACGAGGCCGUGCCCGCCGCGCUGGACGCGCUCAGUCACCCCGCCGUCAACCUGAAGCAGGCCAUGACGCGCCGCAGCCUGGCCGCCCUCAAGAACGUGGCCCACCAGAAGCUGCAGACCCUGGCCACCAACCUGCUGGCCUCGGAGGCCUCCGACAAGGGGAAUUUACCCAAAUACUCCCACAACUCCCUGAUGGUUCAGGCCAUCAAGACAAACCUGACAGACCCCGACAUCCACGUGCUGUUUUUCGACGUGGAGGCUCUGAUUAUCCAGCUGCUGACGGAGGAGGCGUCGCGGCCCAGCGCCGCGCUGCUCGCCCCCGAGAGCCUGCAGAAAUCCUCGGGCGGCUCCGACAAGGGCGGCUCCUUCCUCGCCGGCAAGAGAGCGGCCGUGCUCUUCCAGCAGGUGAAGGAAACCAUCAAGGAGAACAUCAAGGAGCACCUCCUGGACGAUGAGGACGAGGAUGAAGAGGCCACGAGGCAGAGGAGAGAGGACGGCGAUCCGGAAUAUCGCUCCAGCAAAUCCAAGCCGCUGACUUUGCUGGAGUAUAACCUGACCAUGGACACGGCCAAGCUCUUCAUGUCCUGCCUGCACGCCUGGGGCCUCAACUCCGUGCUGGACGAGCUGUGCCUGGAUCGCCUGGGCAUGCUGAAGCCGCACUGCUCCGUGUCCUUCGGCCUCCUGUCGCGGGGAGGCCACAUGUCCCUGAUGCUGCCCGGCUACAACCAGCCUGCAGGCGGGGUGACGGAGGGCUUGGGAAGGGGCACGUACGGAGUGUCGCGGGCCGUCACCACGCAGCACCUGCUGUCCGUCAUCUCGCUGGCCAACACGCUGAUGAGCAUGACCAACGCCACCUUCAUCGGGGAGCACAUGAAGAAAGGCCCUGCCAGGCCGCCCAGGCCGGGCACCCCCGAGAUGGGCAAGGGGAAGCCUCCGACCGCCGGCCACGCUGCGCAAGGACAGAUCAAACAAGCCGCUGCUCCCGGCGCGGAUUCCGGCCCCGCCGACAGCUCCGCUUUCCAUCCCUGUUUCUUGGUCAACGAAGGCUGGAGCCAGCUGGCUGCCAUGCACUGUGUGAUGCUCCCGGAGCUGCUGGGGCUGGAGCGGUUCCGGCCGCCGCUGCUGGAGAUGCUGGCCCGGCGCUGGCAGGAUCGCUGCCUGGAGGUGCGGGAGGCGGCGCAGGCGCUGCUGCUGGCCGAGCUGCGCAGGAUGGAGCAGGCCGGCCGGAAGGAAACCAUCGACACCUGGGCUCCGUACCUGCCCCAGUACAUGGACAGCCUCAUCUCCCCUGGAGUGACCACGGAAUCCCUGCAGGCUCCGUCCGGCAGUGCGGAUCCGUCGGGAGCCGAGGCCAAGGCGCAGGAGGAGGAGCCGGAGCUGGCUGACGAUGACAUGGCAGCAGGCUGCCUGGCGGGGCUGGCCCAGCCCAAGAAGGCGUCGACGUCGUACGAGGAGCGGCGCAAGCAGGCGACGGCCAUCGUCCUGCUCGGCGUCAUCGGGGCCGAGUUCGGCGCCGAGAUCCAACCCCCGAAGCUGCCGACGCGGCCCCGCAGCUCCGGCCAGGCCCCCGAGGGCUUCGGCCUCACCAGCGCCGGCUCCAACUACUCCCUGGCCAGACACACCUGCAAGGCGCUGACAUUCCUGCUGCUGCAGCCGGGCAGCGCGCGGCUCCCGGCGCACAGCACCGUGCGCAGAACCGCCAUCGACCUCAUCGGCCGCGGCUUCACCGUCUGGGAGCCCUUCAUGGACGUGUCGGCCGUGCUGAUGGGGCUGCUGGAGCUCUGCGCCGACGCCGACAAACAGCUCGCCAAUGUCACCGCGGGGCUGCCCCUGAGCCCGGCCGCCGACUCUGCGCGCUCCGCUCGCCACGCGCUGGCGCUCAUCGCCACCGCCCGCCCGCCCGCCUUCAUCACCACCAUCGCCAAGGAGGUGCACAGGCACACGGCGCUGGCGGCCAACACGCAGUCGCAGCAGAACGUGCACACCAGCACGCUGGCGCGCGCCAAGGGCGAGAUCCUGCGCGUCAUCGAGAUCCUCAUCGACAAGAUGCCCACGGACGUGGUGGAUCUGCUGGUGGAGGUGAUGGACAUCAUCAUGUACUGCCUGGAGGGAUCCCUGGUGAAGAAAAAGGGGCUGCAGGAAUGUUUCCCAGCCAUCUGCAGGUUCUACAUGGUGAGCUACUACGAGCGCAGCCACCGCGUGGCCGUGGGCGCUCGCCACGGCUCCGUGGCGCUCUACGACAUCCGCACCGGCAAGUGCCAGACUAUCCACGGCCACAAAGGAGCCGUCACCGCCGUGGCCUUCGCCCCCGACGGCCGCUACCUCGCCACCUACUCCAACUCGGACAGCCACCUGUGCUUCUGGCAGAUGAACACGUCUCUGCUGGGCAGCAUCGGCAUGCUGAACUCGGCCCCGCAGCUGCGCUGUGUCAAGACGUUCCAGGUGCCCCCGGUGCAGCCGGCGUCGCCCGGCUCGCUCGGCGCGCUGCGCCUGGCCCGGCUCAUCUGGACCUCCAACCGCAACGUCAUCCUCAUGGCCCACGACGGCAAGGAGCAUCGCUUCAUGGUCUAGGGCAUGGUCUGGGGUGCAGCUCUCCCUCCUCCCCACGGCCCCUGGGGCUGGAGCCCAGAGCAGGGACCUGCCCCGGUUCCUGGGGCUGCAGCUC